AUGGCGUUCAAGUUCGGGAGCGGCAAGAAGCCGGGAGGGUUUGGCGGCGGCGGUGGGUCCACCUUUGGUGGCGGUAACAAAUCAUCGUUUGGCGGUGGUGGCGGCGGGUUCGGCGCAAAGGCAGGAGGCUCUGGCUUUGGUGGUGCCGCGGCAGGUGGCGGCGGCUUUGGUGGAGGCGCCCGCAGUGGCUUUGGCGCCGGAGGCGCGGGAUUCGGAGGCGGCGCAAAGUCCGCCACUGGCGGCUUUGGCGCAGGCGCUGCUGCAGGCGGUGCUGCCGGUGGAAACAGGUUCGGAGGCGGUGGAGGUGGCGCCUUUGGCGGCGGAGGUGGCGGGAGUACCUUUGGCGGUGGCGCUGGCGGGAGCAAGUUUGGCGCCGGCGCCGGUGCCGGGAACAAGUUUGGCGCCGGUGCCGGUGCCGGUGGCUUUGGCGGGAACAAGGCCGGCGGCUUUGGAGCCGGGGCAGGGGGAAACCGGUUUGGCGGUGGUGCCGCAGCUAGCGGUGGGGGCUUUGGCGCCUCUGGUGGGAGUGGAUUCGGGGCUGGCUCCAACGGCGCCGCGGCUGCCGGCGAGACGGUCAAGUACUCCAUGACUCGGCAUCCGGAGGAGCGCAACCAGAAGCUGGUCGACAUCGCCGCCAUGCCCACAUACCGGGGCCAGUCAGCGCUCGAGCUGAGGGCCGCCAAGUACGGGUUUGCAACCGGUGGGGCUGGAAACACCGGCGCCGCUGCAGGGUUUGGCGCAGGCGCGGCGGCUGGCGGCGGCUUUGGGGCCAACAAGGCCGCCGGCGGUGGCUUUGGGGCCAACAAGGCUACCGGUGGCGGAUUUGGCGGCGGCGGCGGCUUUGGGGCCAACAAGGCUGCAGGCGGCGGCUUUGGGGCCAACAAGGCUGCAGGCGGCGGCUUUGGCGGCAACAGCGGCGGCUUUGGGGCCAACAAGGCUGCAGGCGGCGGUUUUGGCGGCAACAGCAGCGGCUUUGGGGCCAACAAGGCUGCAGGCGGCGGUUUUGGCGGCAACAAGGCUGCAGGCGGUGGCUUUGGUGCCAGCAGCGGCGGCUUUGGGGGGAACAAGGCUGCAGGCGGUGGCUUUGGCAGCAACAGUAGCGGCGGCUUCAAGAUGGGUGGUGGCAACAACGCUGGCAGCGGCGGCGGCUUCAAGAUGGGUGGUGGCGGCGGCAACAAUAUGGGCGGCAACAACAACGCCGGCGGUGGUGGUGGCUUCAAGAUGGGCGGCAACAACAACGCUGGCGGCGGUGGUUUCAAGAUGGGCGGCAACAACAAUGCUGGCGGUGGUGGCGGCUUCAAGAUGGGCGGCAACAACAAUGCUGGCGGUGGUGGCGGCUUCAAGAUGGGCGGCAACAACAACGCCGGCGGCGGUGGUGGCUUCAAGAUGGGCGGCAACAACAACGCUGGCGGCGGUGGCUUCAAGAUGGGCGGCAACAACAAUGCUGGUGGUGGUGGUGGCUUCAAGAUGGGCGGCGGCAACGCUGGCGGCGGCGGUGGCUUCAAAAUGGGCGGCGGCAACACUGGCAACAACAACGCUGGUGGCGGCGGCGGCUUCAAGAUGGGCGGCGGUAACUCUGGCAACAACAACGCUGGUGGCGGUGGCGGCUUCAAGAUGGGUGGCGGCGGCAACGGAUCUGGUGGUGUGUUCAACAGCCAAAACCAGGUCGCUCAGGUCCAGGCGCAGGCGCAGGCGCAGAUGACCAAGCUCCAGGCACAGCAAAACCAGAACGCACAGGGCCAGAACGCGCAAGGCCAGGGCCAAGGCCAGGAUGGCGGAGAGCAAAAGCCGGCCGAGGGGCUCGGAGAGGCACGGUCGGCGUACGGACCCGACGUGUUCUCGGUUAUCCAGUCGCUGCCGGCGCUGCCUGCCGCGCAGCCCAAGACACCGGUGGCGCACCGGCACCGCAAGACGCCGCGGUCGGCAGCGCGGAUUCGUCCGCGCGGAUACGCGCCGCCGGCCCAGACAUCGGCGCCAGUCCCGCUGCGGACGCCACGGUCAGCGCGGACCCGGGCAUCGCAGCUGGAAAUCAGCAACUUGCAGGCGGUGCAGACGCCGAUGGGCGGAGUCUCGGGAGCCAGCCGUGACGGCGGCGAGGAGUUCUCGAUGUUCGACAUGUUUGUCUCGCGAGCGCUGGUUGACGAGGAGCGGCGGUCGCGGCGGAGUGCGCGGUCGUCAGCAGCAUCGUCGGCAGCCACGUCGGGCAGAACAACGCCAGCUGUUGCGCACCACCACGAGCUGGCCGACGUCGCGGUGGUUGUCACGCCGCAGCUCGACAGGCUGCGGAUCUCGGGAGAGAUGGAGGUUGCGCCGUCUCCAGCCGCAGAGAAGCGCCAGCCGCUGCAAACGCUGUCGUCGAACCCAAGCCAGGCGGGCAGCAGCGGCAACAAGGCCGGCAGCAGCGCGGCGCAGGCGCGCAAGGCCGACGGCUCGGUCCUCACCAACCUCGUCUCGUCGGUCUCGUCGCUGUUUGGCGCCACGGGCGGCUCGCCACACGGCAGUUCCACAGUGCCGCGGCUCUCUAAGCCCGGCUACUUUACCGAGCCGUCGAUGGCAGAGCUCGCGCGCAUGACCGAGGACCAGCUGCGGGCGGUGCCGAACUUUGUCAUCGGCUGCAAGGGUCUCGGCUCGAUCCGGUUCGCCGGCACCACCGACGUCGUUGGCCUCGACCUCGACUCGCUCGUCGAGUUUGAAAACUCUGCUGUCACCGUGUACCCGGACGGCGUAGUCAAGCACCAGCACGGCGAGAAGCUCAACAAGCCCGCCGAGGUUCGGCUCCACUCAUACCCCAAGUCCAAGGCCAAGUCGCGGAGCAAGAGCCGGACGAGCGCAGGCGUGUCCAGCAAGCGCAUUGCCAAGCAUCGCGAGCGGCUCCGCAAGGCCACUGAGCGCGCCGGUGCCGAGUUUAUCUCCUAUGACGCUGAUGACCGCAAGCCCGAGGGGCUCUGGGUCUUCCGCGUCGACAGCUUUGACUCGUAAACUACAAACGAACAAA